CAAUACGAGUACUCUCGGAGCGGGAAUGGACUUUAAUCGCGGUCCAAUCUGUUUAACUUUCCACACUCUAUAUAAGUGACCAAAGCAAGAUGAUAAUAAUUCAGUAGAAAUAAGCGCGAGCGCAAACAACUUUUGUUCAUUCUUCCAUGAACCAUGGAAGUCAUAAUGCACGAAGCUGCCAACCGGGAGGAAAGUGAAAGUGUUACAUAUAACAGUGCGGAAAAAACAGUGACUUUGAUGCAAGAAGAGACGGAAAGUGGCACUUUUUCCAGACCACCGCAGCAAACCAUCGACUUACAAUUCGAGGAUAUCACCUACACGGCCUCCUUGGGGUUUAGAAAAGGGACAAAGGAAAUCCUCCAUGGGGUCAAUGGGAGGUUUCCCCCGGGACAACUCAUCGCCAUUAUGGGGCCCUCGGGGGCCGGCAAAAGCACCCUCCUUGACAUCCUCAGCGGUUACCGCAUCCGUGGUGUAACAGGAACCGUCUACGCGAACGGUUUUCCCCGAAACUUGAAACAAUUUCGCAAAUCGUCUUGUUACAUCCAGCAAGAUGACCGGCUUCAACCCCUAUUGACCACUUCCGAAAACAUGCAAAUCGCUGCUGAUCUUAAACUCGGCCCAGAAGUGUCCCAAAGAGAAAAAACAGAAACGAUUGAAGAAAUCCUCAAAUGGUUGGGUUUGAGCAAAACAAUGAACACGAAAGCGGCCGGGUUGUCAGGCGGGCAGAAAAAGCGACUUUCCAUCGCUUUGGAGCUAAUAAACAACCCGACUGUCAUGUUUCUCGAUGAACCAACAACCGGUUUGGACAGCUCUUCUUGCUCCCAAUGCAUUAAAUUACUCAAGGAUUUGGCGCGACAAGGGAGAACCAUUGUUUGUACCAUCCAUCAACCAUCAGCCUCGCUUUUCCAACUUUUCGACCAGGUUUACGUCCUGGCUGCUGGGCGGUGCUUGUACCAAGGCAGUACCAUGAAUCUGGUACCGUUCUUGAACGACGUUAAGUACCCAUGUCCCCAGUACCACAAUCCAGCCGACUUUGUUAUCGAAUUAGCAUGCGAGGAGUACGGACAUGAGAUAAUUGACACGAUGGUUGCCACCACUGAUAAUGGGAGUUCGGUGGCGUACUUUGACAAAGAAAUAGUACCAACAUUGAAACGACCAAUCGCUGGUAAUUCGGAGAAAAGCGCCUCGGAUGAUGAAUCGGGACUACAAGCUACCAGUUCUUACAAUCAGUUGAAGGUGCUGCUACGGCGAGGGUACAUCAAAACGAAACGUGAUCAAAGUUUGACCCAUAUGCGCCUCAUGGUCAACUUUUCGGUUGGACUGAUGUUGGGCACGUUGUACUGGCAAGCGGGCUCUGAUGGUACCAAAGUUUUAGAUAAUUACAAUUUGCUAUUCACCAUACUUAUGCAUCACAUGAUGUCGACGAUGAUGCUCACCAUUUUAACAUUUCCGAGCGAAAUGUCCAUUUUAAUAAAAGAACACUUCAACCGGUGGUACUCCCUGAAAAUGUAUUACACUUCAGUCACCCUAGUGGACAUCCCCGUUUCGAUCGUAUGUUGCGCCCUAUUUUCGGUAAUAAUCUACUUCAUGACAGGCCAACCCUUCGACAAACAACGCUUUUGGAUGUUUUUCGUCAUAAGCAUGCUUGUGGUUUUCGUGGCGCAAAGUUUCGGUUUAAUGAUCGGCGCCGUCUUCGGAGUUGUCAACGGCACUUUUUUGGGCCCCACUCUCUCCGUUCCAAUGAUGAUGUUCGCCGGUUUUGGGGUCACACUUCGAGACCUCCCCAGCUACCUCUACUGGGGGAGCUACAUUUCCUAUCUGAGAUACGGACUCGAAGGGAUCGUGGGGGCUAUUUAUGGGCUUGAAAGACAGACGAUUUUUUGCCCCGAUGAUGCCUAUUGUCAUUACAAAUACCCGAAAAAACUCCUCGAGGAUAUUGCCAUGAAGGGGGACCAGUUUGGGAACGAUGUAAUUGCGUUGGUUCUCAUUUUGUUCUUUUUGAGAAUCGUUGCUUAUGUUCUCUUGAGAUACAAAUUAAUGGCAGUUCGUUGAUUUAGUCUUAAGUUAUUUAUUUGGCUGUGUUAUUUUAUUUUUAUAUUUAUUAAAUGUGUGUUGAAUUAAAAUAAAUAUUGUUUUUAACAUUGUA